AUGACUUCUCCAGUUUCAUAUGCUAAUGUGGCUGCCAUUGGAACUUCACCAUCUCCUUCUGUUCCAGCAGCUUCUUCUGAAUCAAAACCAACCUCAAAAUCAACAUCUGUAUCUAGUGAACCCGUUGAAAAAGAAGCUUCUAAGGAAUCCACAAAUGAAGAAGAUUCAACUAAAGAAUCAAACAAAGUUUCUUCAACAACAGAAUCUGCACCUUCACCUUCCAAACCUUCAAAGAAAACUUUAGCUCCAGCACCUGUACCUUCAAAAUCUGUUUGGGGUGAUGUAACUGCUGGUGUUAAAGAAUUGUCAGUUGAUGAUAAAAAAUGGCCUGCCCCUGAUAAGGCUCCAUUAUUAGGAGAACAACCUACUAGUAAACCACAAUCACAAAAAUUCAUUAAACCAAUUACUAACAAAUGGGUUCCAAUCAAUGCUAAAGUGAUAUUACCAAGUUCAAGAAAUAGUAGUGGUAGUGGUGGUAACCAUAAUCAAAAACACAACAGAAAUAGAAAAAAGAACACCAACAAUAAUCAACAUCAUCACCAAAAAUCUGGGUCUAAGAAAAGAGAUGAUAAAGGUGAAGAAAGUGCUAAUAAGGAAUCAAUCAAAUCUUCUGACGCAAACACAUCUUCUGCUAAUGGAUCUGUGACGACUGAUAAGAAAGAUAGUAACGCCAAAGACCAAACUCAAGCACCUGCUUCGUCUGCUGAUACUACUUCUACUUCCACUGUUUCUGCUGAACAACAACAACAACAUCAAGAACAACAACAGGAAGAAGAAUCUUCUGAACAAUCAACUCCCCAAGAAUCUCAACCACACGCUCAACAACAAUCACAGCAACCACCACAACAACGUUUUAACUCUAACGGGCAACCAAAGAAACGUUUUAACAACAACCAACAGAAUGGUAAUUAUAACGGACAAUAUCAAAAAAGAUACACUAACAACAACAAUCAACCACAUUCACAAAAUCAACAAGCAUUUAAUCCACAAAAUGUUGGAUUUUUCCAACCUCAACCAUACCCACCCAAUUUCCAAUAUAACGUGAACAAUAACAAUGGUAAUGGGGKAACCGUCCGUAUAGAAACAAUAAUGGUGGACAAUACAGAAAUAACCGAAAUAAUAACAACCACAAUAGUAACGGCAAUUAUCGUAAUGGUGGAUAUCGUCACAACAACAACAGUAAUAACCCAAUGA